AUGGCCCAAUCCCCAAACAAAGCACAGGAACGUCUCUCCCAAGUGUCCUCCCACCUCGGCGGCUCUCCUUCCUUGCACAAGUCCAUCCUCUCCAAGUCUCCCGACGAUGUUGUCGUGACGUGUGCUCUCCGGACACCCUUCACAAAGGGAGGCAAGGGCUUGCUAAAGGAUACUGCAGCCGCCGACCUCCUCGCCCUCACAUUCAAGAAUCUCCUCGAGCGGUCCAAGAUUGACCCUGCGCUGGUCGAAGAUAUCGCCACAGGCUGUGUCCUUGCACCUGGCGGUGGUGCAACCGAGUACCGAGCUGCGGCUCUUGUGGCCGGGUUCCCAGAGUCGACCGCGGUCAAGUCUCUCAAUAGACAAUGCUCCAGCGGUCUGCAGGCCUGUGUUGACAUUGCCAACGCCAUCAAGAGCGGCAUGAUCGAGAUUGGCGUGGGUUCUGGUGUUGAGAGUAUGUCUUCUCAGUACGGGCCUGGUGCGGUGACCGAGUUCUCGGAGCUUCUGGAGGAUCACAUGCAGUCCGCAAAUUGCAAGGUGCCAAUGGGCGUCUUGUCGGAACAGAUGGCAAAAGACAGGAAUAUUUCACGUGCGGACCAAGAUGCCUUUGCUGCCAGCUCGUAUCAGAAAGCACUCAAGGCCCAGCAGGCAGGCCUGUUCGACGAAGAGAUUGCCCCCAUCACUGUCAAGUACACCGACCCCAAGACGGAACAAGAGAAGACCGUCACCGUCACAAAGGAUGACGGCGUGAGACCUGGUAUCACACCCGAGUCGUUGGGCAAGAUCCGUCCCGCGUUCGCCAAAGACGGCUCGAUUCACGCCGGCAAUGCAUCACAGGUAUCUGAUGGUGCUGCUGCUGUGCUCAUGAUGAAGCGCAGUACUGCUGAGCGCCUGGGUCAGCCCAUCCUUGGUAAAUUUGUCGCUGCAUCGGUGGUUGGCGUGCCGCCACUACUGAUGGGCAUCGGGCCUUGGAAAGCGAUCCCGGUGGCCCUUGAAAAAGCCGGGGUGAGCAAGGACGAGGUUGACAUCUACGAGAUCAACGAAGCCUUCGCCAGUCAGGCUGUGUGGUGUGUCAAGGAGCUCGGCCUGCCUUUUGAGAAGGUCAACCCCAAGGGCGGUGCCAUCGCCUUUGGCCAUCCUCUCGGAUGCACCGGCGCCCGACAGGUGAGCACACUUUUUACGGAGCUUAAACGGACGAAUAAGAAGAUUGGUGUCACCAGUAUGUGUGUAGGGACAGGAAUGGGUAUGGCUGCCGUUUGGGUGGCGGAAUAG